GGAAUACUUCAUAGAUUUAAGUUCGUUCGGCGUGUUUAUUUCUAGAACAUAUUUUUGUGAUUUGGUGAUUUAUCCCAUUUAGAAUUACAUAUAAAACAGUAACCACAUCUUAUGCAGAAUUUCAGGAUUUGUAUAAAAAUAAAUAAUAAUAGUUAAAAAAGGAAAUUAAAAACAAGAACCCCUAAUAAAGUCUAGAGUGUGUACUUUACAAAUUGCAUAAAAACACUUGUUAACUUGCGGCGAAAAAAUCACAUUUCUUUCCCAAAAUUGAAAAAAAAAAAAUAACACAAAUCGCUAGCGAUUGUUUUGUAAAGAAGGGAAUUUGCUUUUAAAAAGGAGAAAUAAAUUUUGUUACAAAUUGACAAAAUGGUCGUUUCAAAAACAACGCCUCAGAAAAAUGGUGUUGAUGCCUCCCCAUCAACGAAUGGUGCCACGGGCAGCAGCCCCAAGAACAGCAAUAUCACAGAAACAACUCUGCCCAAGGGCAAAUAUACCCUGGUGGGCAUUGACAUUGAUACCACGGGACGCAGAUUAAUUGAUGAGAUUGUCCAGUUAGCUGCUUUUACACCCAAGGAUCAUUUCCAACAAUAUAUUAUGCCCUACAUGAAUUUAAAUCCUGCUGCUCGUCAACGCCAUCAAGUUCGUGUCAUUUCAAUUGGUUUCUAUCGCAUGCUGAAAUCUAUGCAGACUUAUAAGAUAAUCAAAUCAAAAUCGGAAAUUGCUGCUCUUAGAGAUUUCCUCGGUUGGCUUGAAGCCCUCAAAGCAAAAGAUACAAAUUCACAAGGCAUUAUUCUAUUGUAUCACGAGGAGCGUAAAUUCAUUCCAUAUAUGAUUUUGGAAUCGCUUAAGAAAUACAACCUGCUGGACAGGUUCUUAGUUACUGUUAAGUCAUUUGCCAAUGGCCUCAAUUUGGCCAAGGCCAAUGCCAAUGAAUCGUUGCAACAUUAUACGCUACGUAAACUAUCCAAAUUCCUCAAGACCAACAAUAUUAACAACAAUAAUAAUGUUGAGUCUAACAAUAAUAACACAGCCAUAGCCUCUUCCACUACUGCGGAAGGCGAAGCUGCUGCUGCUGUUGCAGGUCAAAAUUCCCAGCAGCAACAACAACAACCAAAGGUCACUAAUCAAAACAAAUAUAGUACAAAUAAUGAACGUGAACUAUUCGAUAGCAGUGCCAGUGUGCGUGCUAAAUUAGCCUAUGAAGUGGCAUUGCAUUUAAGCAAUCAGGACUCUAAGGAUUCCCUAGACUCGCCUAUUGCCAGUGGCAAACUACUGGCAGCCAUAAAUCCCUAUGCCCAACCCAUACAAAGUGAUUUGAAUGAAUUGCAAACACAAAACAAAAAUAUGGAACGUCAAAACUCAUUCCGUCCAGUAUUUUUAAACUACUUCAAGACAACAUUGUAUCAUCGUGUGCGUGCUGUUAAAUUCCGCAUUUUCCUGGCCGAACAUGGUUAUGAUUUGCAAACUCUCAAUGCCAUCUGGACAGAAAAGAAACGUGAUGGUCUUGUUGAAGUAUUGCAAGUUAUGGAAGAACUAAAAGACGAGGAUAAAACAGAAUUGGCCGAUUUGUUCGAUAGCUAUUAUGAUCCAGCUAAGACGACUAUUAAGCCGAUUGUAAAGAGUAUCAAUCGUCCUCGCAAUAGACGUGUACGCAAUCAUAUUAGAAACAUUGUGCCGAAUGGUGCGGCAUCCGUUGAAGACGCCGGUGGUGAACCACAAGGUGCCAGUGGCGAUAAGCCACAACAACAAAACCAGGCUGAAGGUGGUAAUUCAGCUAAUGUACCAGAUUCUACUACCAAAUCACCAAAACCUAUGAGAACUAAUCGUAAACAACGUUCCCCAAGGAAUAACAACAACAACAAUAAUAAUAAAAUGAAUGCCAACAAUAACAAUGUGUUGAUAAAAACUGACACUGAGGUGGCAAAUGAGACUCCCACUGCUGUUGCUGCUGCUGCUGCCGCCAACAACAACAACAAUCAACAACCUAACAAUGCAACUCCGGCUCCAGUGGCUGUGGCGGCAUCAAACUAAAUGUUGUACAGAAAAUUAACCAAUCAAAAGCCGUUAUCUUCUUUUAGCCAUUGAGGAAAAAUUAAAUCUAAAAUUUUUCAAAAGCCAUCAUUAAACGUUGCUGCAUUAUAUCAAACACUUAUUUAAAUAUGUAACUAUUUCUUUUUUA